AUGAACCGCACUACGCCUUAUCAUCCAGCAGCGAAUGGCAUGGUAGAGAGGUUCCACUGUACGCUAAAUGCAGCACUAAUGGCAAGACCGAAACAUACAUGGCUCCAAUUAUUUCCAUCAGUUCUUUUAGGUUUACGAGUAUCAGUGAAGGAAGACUUAGGAGCAUCUGCUGCAGAGAUGAUUUAUGGUAUCAACCUCCGUCUGCCUGGAGAAUUCUUUGAACAUAAUACCCAAUCAACUUCGUCAACGCCUCCUAAUCAAUCAAAUUUUCUAAACAAAUUUCGUGAAUAUUUGCGUGAAGUGCUACCAACGCCAGCAGCACAUCAUAGCAACAGGCCAAUUUUCAUACAUAAAGAACUCAACAAUUGCUCACACGUUUUUCUGCGUUCAGAUCACAUCAGAAAACCACUAGAACCACCAUAUACAGGACCGUGUAAAGUAUUGAACAAAAUAAGUGAACGACUGUUCACAAUUGAAGUAGGUGACAAAAAGUUGAAUGUUUCAAUCGAAAGAUUGAAGCCAGCGUUCCUGGAAAAUACAGAUGUUCCAGCAGAACCGAAGUUCUUAGAAAUCUUGGUAGACAAUCCUAGGCCAAAGCAUGACACAGCACUAGUAAGAAGCACGAAGAAAAAAGUUACGUUCGCCGAAGACCCGCUUCAAUUAAACAACAGUCCAUUGCAGUCAGACGCCAUAGACAAAAAGAAGGUCACACUCACACGUAGUCUUCAUCACAGUCCUUCGGCUAUCUUCUAA